AUGGCUCCUGGAAGACCUUCAUCCGCGUUCCAGUUACUGCUGCUGCUGCUGGGUCUGGCGGCAGUGGUGAAGGCAGGAGCCAUAAUCCCACAGAGCCCAGGAUGCCCGAUUACCGAGGACAAGAAAUUCCCUCAGCACGUGAAGCUCAACUUGAACAUCCUUAACCGGAACACGAAUCCCAAAAGGCCCACCGAUUACUAUAAACGGUCCACCUCACCUUGGACUCUACACCGCAACGAGGACCCCGAGCGGUACCCCUCUGUGAUCUGGGAGGCCAAGUGCAGCCACUCGGGCUGUGUCAACGCUAAGGGGAAGGUCGACCACCACAUGAACUCCGUCCCCAUCCAGCAAGAGAUCCUGGUCCUGCGACGGGAGCCUCAGCACUGCCCACACUCCUUCCGGCUGGAGAAGAUGCUGGUGGCCGUGGGCUGCACCUGCGUCACCCCCAUUGUACGCCAUGUGGCUUAA